ACAGCGAUUACUCGUUCAUUACUUCAUUCAUCAACAGUCGAGGUUGACAUGGCUCAUGUGCGCGUAUUACGGACUAGUGGUGCAAUUUUAUUGUUGUUUCUAAUACAAAAUACGCUCGCCGUGUCCCCGCCAUGGAUAUUAUCUGUCGAUGUGAAAAAUUACACGUGUUCUGAAAUCGUAUGUGAUUAUUUGUUGCGAGUGAAUGGGGAGUUUCGUUCUUGGUCGUUAACCUCUGAGCCGGGCGAUUUGUGUUUCUAUAUUUCAAACAUAAAUCCUGUUGGUAUUGAUGUUAAAUUAGAAGUUGAUAAGUCUCAAACGCUGUACUUCUGUGCGGAAGGUGAUGAUGGUGGGUGGUACCAGCAGGAAUUCUAUUUGGGUGGCAGUGACGUCAUCUCGCGUAAGGAACGGCUAUCGGACAAUGAAGUCGAAGAUACGCCUCGUGGAGAGGUAGACGAUCUCAUCGAAGAUGCAAAAGCUAAGACAUUUUACAGAGAUUUAGCCGUGAACAAAUAUGGCGACGCAGCAGAGGACGUUAUCGUCGAAACAUUCUCCUACGAGAAUCCCAAUGGCAAAUUUGCUAGGAUCAGACGACAAGUUGAAGAAGACGUCAAUGCGACAACACCAGAACUAGAAACUGCAUCAGAAUCUAGCCUGGGUGCUAAAGUUAAGGUCGUUAGUAAUACGACUCUUAAAGUCAUGGGUUUGAGGAUAGAGGAGUCUAAGAAAGAACCGAAGAUCGUAGAUGAAAUGAUACCGAGUGUUCUGCGAGAAACAUUGUUCACGAUGAGGCUGUUCGGUGAAGGGUUCACGGACGAGACUGUUAUAGCGUUUACCCACGUGCCUGAAGUUUACGGUACACCUUGCCAUUUCCUGUUAAACGGAGAGUAUAAGGUUAAAUUAGCGGAUACGAACUCAGCCCUCUUCGAAUUGAUCGCUCCACCUCCUUUGGAGGACUACAAAUUCUAUAUUUGCGCGAAGAGAUCACCCAACGAAGACUUCGUCCAUCAAGGCCAGGAGAAGUGGAAGAUUUUGGGUACCCACAACAAACUGUUACCUCUAUGGGCUUCCUUGAUUUUAAUUGUGAUUUUACUCAUGUUGGCGUCACUGUUCUCUGGAUUGAACCUUGGUCUGAUGGCGUUGGACAGGACUGAGUUGAAGAUUAUAGCGAACACGGGUACGGAUAAGGAGAGAAAGUACGCUAGAGCGAUCAUGCCUGUACGAUCUCAUGGAAACUACCUCCUUUGUACGAUUCUGCUGAGUAACGUCGCCGUGAACAGUACGUUUACUGUGAUUCUGGACGAUUUAACAUCUGGUCUGGUUGCUGUUAUUGGCUCGACUCUGGCGAUCGUGUUCAUUGCGGAGAUCACGCCGCAGGCGAUAUGCGCGAGACACGGUUUGCUGGUCGGUGCGAAGAGUAUUUGGAUAAUGAAGAUCGUGAUGGGUAUAUGCGCCCCACUGGCUUGGCCGACCAGCAAACUUUUGGACUACUUCUUAGGUGAAGAGAUCGGUACACACUACAACAGAGAAAGGCUAAAGGAACUUGUUAAGGUAACUAACCACGUGAACGAUCUGGAUAAAGAAGAAGUGAACAUCAUCUCUGGUGCUCUCGACCUUCGCAAGAAAACAGUGAAGGACGUGAUGACCAAGCUCAAGGACUGUUACAUGUUGCCCAUAAACAGUGUGAUGGACUUCGAAACAUUGACUGAGAUCGUAAAAUCUGGUUACUCCCGAAUCCCGGUGUACGAGGGUAACCGCGGCAACAUAGUGACGGUGCUGUUCAUCAAGGACCUGGCCUUCGUCGACCCCGACGACAACACGCCGCUGAGGACGCUCUGCCAGUACUACCAGAACCCUUGCAACUUCGUCUUCGAGGACGUCACCCUGGAUGUUAUGUUAAAGCAGUUUAAGGAAGGUCACAAAGGACAUAUGGCAUUCGUCCAACGUAUAGAGGAAGGCGACGGUGACCCAGUGUACGAAACGAUAGGAUUGCUCACGCUGGAGGACGUCAUCGAAGAGAUGAUCCAGGCGGAGAUCGUCGACGAGAGUGACGUCAUCAGCGACAACCGCACCAAGAAGCGGCUGAUGCGGCCCAUGAACAAGCUGCACGACAUCGCGUCGUUCGCCGGCCACCAGCACCAGCGCGUGCACGUGUCGCCGCAGCUCGUGCUCGCCACCUUCCAGUUCCUCAGCACCAGUGUCGAUCCGUUCCGGGCGGAUAUGAUCUCGGAGACGGUGCUGCGUCGUCUGCUCAAGCAAGACGUCAUCCAGCACAUCAAGCUCCGAGGUGACGAGGACAAGAACGAUCCCAAGAGAUACGUCUUCCAGGAGGGAAAAUCGGUGGAUUACUUCGUGCUGAUUCUAGAGGGUCGUGUAGAGGUGACAGUGGGGCGGGAGAACCUGGUGUUCGAAGCUGGACCGUUCACGUACUUUGGAGUGCAGGCGUUGACUCAGAACGUCGGUCUCGCCGAGUCACCCGCGCCGUCCACGCUGGGCUCGCUGCAGAAUCUGAACAUGGACUCCAUGCUGCGUCACACCUUCGUGCCGGACUACUCCGUGCGCGCCAUCGCCGAGCUGUACUACCUCACCAUCAAAAGAUCAAUGUACUUAGCGGCCAAGCGCGCUACGUUGAUGGAGAAGGGCGCACUCAACAAGGGGGGCACGAACGAGCAGAUCGAGCCGGAAGUUGAUAAGUUACUCCGCGAAGGCGACAAACUCGAUGAGAUCGUUGAAAAUCAAAACGAGAAAUCGCCGUCUAAACAGUCACCACCAAUAUCAGCCAGCCCAAACACCAACUCCAAAUUCAAAGCUCGCGGCAAGUUCGAGAAAAAUCCUGAAGAAGAGAAACUCCUCAAGUAGUAAAAGUAAAAAAUAUUAGAAGACGACAGGCAACACUGCCAUAACUACAAUUUAUGACAAUUUCGCGGUGAAAGCUUAAUAUCGUAUAAAAUAUUUUUCAAUUUUACGUAAGUUUAAAGUUUUUUCUGUUAGUAUUUAAUAUGCAUUUGUUGCGUUAACAAUUUAGCUUUAGGAGUAGGAUUAGGAGAUUACAGUACUUAUUUCGUGUUUUUUUUAUAUGGCAACAUUCGUUUGCCACUGUUUGCGAGAGACGUUUUUUGCGUUUUAAUCAUCUGUAAAAUUAAAAAACAUGAGU